AACUCUGAGUUGAGUUACCCACCUCUAUUUUUUGCGUCUUUUACGUUGUUUAAUUUUUCAGCACUAGAGCUCUUUGAUUCCAGGUUUUACGAUUACGAACUUUCGUCAAAACAUGUUUUUUUGAUAUAAAGUAUUCUUUGCGGAAAUUGGAAUUUCUUAUAUGGAGGUAGAAAGUCAUAGUAAUGACAUUGAAAAUAGCUUUAGCAGCGCUGCAGGGAUUGGCGAAUGGUGGUCACUCCCAGAACCUAUAUUGUUUCGGAUAUAUUGGAUGCUCCCAAUAAGGGACUUAUUAAAUUCCGGGGCUACAUGUAAGCGAUGGUGGAACGUCUCCAACGAUGAGCUCAUGUGGAAACAAAAAUUUGUUCUGCAUUAUAAAAUAGAUCCGAUUAUAAGACUUAAACCAGUUUCUUUGUACUAUUUUGGAAUUAAUGGUCUAACCUAUAUAGGAACAGAGUCGUGGAAGAGUGAAUAUAAGCGUCUGAGCUGGAAUAUACCAUAUGUUCAAGCGCAGCGUCUUGAAGGUCAUACGCAUCAGGUCCUUCAUGUGAGUUUCUCACACAAUGGAGAAAUGUUUGCUACCUGUUCUAAAGAUGGUUACGUAAUCAUCUGGAAUUCAACACAUCCUUGUUCGGAAAGGUACUCGCACAAUAUGAAACAGUUCAGCUGGAAAUACGCCCAAUUUUCACAAUUUAACCAAAGUGACACGCUACUUCUGGUAUCUGGUGUGCAUUUCGGAUCGCCGCACAGCACAUCUGGAGAAAUUGCUGUGUUUACUGUUGACAGAAGAGAUGAAUCACGUUUACGGUGCCGCGUUGUAAAUCGUCCAUACGACAUAUUCGGGACCUGGUUUGGUGAUCAAUAUCUAAUAUCAGGGGCUUUGCAUUGGUUGGGCCAUCUUUUAAGCUUCUCAGAAUUAUGGUUGAACAAAGCCAAUCAAGAAGUCGACUCGGAGCAUGUGCCGAUUAUGAACAGGUUGUACAAGUUUUAUAACAGAAAUGCAAGUUCUGUGCGCGCUAUAAUGGUUGCUAAGUGUCCAUGGUUAGACGAUUCAAACGAUUCCUUACCCGAUGAACAUGAGACCCAUAGUUUAAAGCAAUGUUUCUGUGAUUUGGUUGAUAUAAGCGAGCAAGGACAAUCGUCGACUAGUUUUGUAGGGAGUUGUCUUUCACACGCAGCGACAUUACCUCGAUCCCAUCGCAGCACAUCGCCAGAAAACAUAUUAGAUAUUCUCCAACAGAAUGCUACGACCAGAACUGCGUUAGGCCAUAAACAUGGGACUAUUCAAUAUUUGGAUGAAUAUCGAAAUGAAUACUCUAUUGGAAAUGGGAAUAGGAAUUCAUCCGAUGAUUGCAUGGAAUGCGCAGAUGAUUAUGAAGACGAAAUGGACAGCUCUAUACCUAAGUACCUAAUAUUCUCGACAGGAUCGAAAACGUAUACUCCACAUCAAAUUGGAAUAAAGCGUAUAAGAAACGUAACGUUUCCAAAAAAACUUGAUCCGGGACCUUCACUUAAAGAAAGAAUAGCUGCCAAAAAAGCUGCAGAUAGAGAAAAUCUACUGAGAACUGAUCCUGACUGGUGGAAUUAUGACUCGGUCGCUCACUUAUUUGACAAAAUGGAUAAAGUAAUAGACUUGCAUGGUCACAUUAUUGGAAUGGCGUUGAGUCCCGAUCAUCGCUAUUUGUAUGUAAAUACUCGACCAUGGCCGAAAAAUUAUAUUAUAACUAAUCCACUGGAGCCACCGCCUAUUGCGCAGGAAAUCGACAUUCACGUAAUUGAUUUAAUGACAUUGAAGCGUGUCGGUAAUAUGUUGCGAGCACAUAAAGCUUAUACACCAAGCGCUGAGUGCUUUUUCAUAUUUCUCGAUGUAUGUGAAGACUACGUCGGAAGUGGCGCGGAAGACAUGCACGCUUAUAUUUGGGAUCGAUUUUAUGGUAUUUGUCUUGCCAAAUACAGGCAUGCUGAUGUGGUAAACAGCGUAGCAUUCAACCCUCGUGAUUCAGAAAUGCUCGUUACAACCAGUGAUGAUUAUACCAUUAAGAUUUGGCGUUCUCGGGCUAAAGCAAAGGAAUACAAGAUCCAAUCAACGAAUGCGAACGAAGCCGUGGAGCUUAAGAAAUAUUUCAACUAGCACACAAUUCAUAUGUAUACAUACAUACUAAAGGUCUGCAUCGGAAUUAAAUUUGCUUCACUGUGAAGUUUUCUUCAAAUAUGUAAGCUACUCAUACUCUAGCCGGAAGGGCAUGAAAGGAAGUGAAGAUGUUGAACGAUGUAUACA